GCCUCGGAUUUUCAAUACGUGAGGUCACCAAGAUCAAUUUCUAUUCGGAGCAAGUCGGAAUUAUCUUAUGAUUUCUUUCAAACUUGUAUACAGUGAACUUUCUACAAGAAUGUUUGAUAUUAAACAUUAUUUCUGAAAUUUGCUAGCGAUGCAAUGUAUGAAGCUUUCAUCAGCGGUUAUCGUUUAGCUGAUGUGUCACAUGGAAAACCUUAUUAUGUUUACUGUAUUGAAAUUUUGGAAUCAAAGACUGGCACUCGACAUUUCAUCGAGAGAAGAUACAGUGAAUUUAGUGCAUUACAUCGUAGAUUGAAAAAGGAUAAUUCGGAUAUUGCACCAUUUCCUCCAAAAAGAGUGAGAAAUUCGCAACCAAAAGUAUUGGAACAACGACGAGCUGCUUUGGAAUUAUAUAUACAAAAGAUGCUAAGUUUAUUAGCAACAAAACAACAAGUUCUGAAUUUUCUAGGUAUAGAAAGUCAAGAAGCUGCAUUUCAUAAAAGGAUACACAAAGCAGAUAGUUCAAUACAUAAUCAUUCAAAUACUUUGGGACAUCAUCCAGUUUUGACUUUUCAUUGCGAUCCAUAUGUUCCAGCUGACUCAACUAACAGUCUUUCAGAUGUUGUAACUAAUGGUGUGUUAUUGGGUAUAUAUAAUUCUUGAUACUAUAAAUAAUUUUAGAGGGUAAAAUACAAGAAUAAUGUUCUCUUUUGAUAAAUCGAGCAUCGUUCAAGUAGAUAAAAUACAGUGAUAUACAAAUAGAUACAGUGAUAGACAAAUAUAAAACAAAAUUUUUAAAAAGUUAUUCUUUGCGUAUAAACUUGUAUAUGAAAAUAAAAUGCGAAUAAUUUAUUUUUUUAAUUUUAUAUAACAGAGGAACUCUCACUUAUGUAUCUUACUUAUGUAUAAUAUGUUAUGUGAAAUGCACAGUAUCACAUAUCGGAUACAAGCAAAGGAAUAGGAUAAGGAAAUGUAGAAUAGUAUUGGAACGAGGAUUUUUUAGUUGUAAUUUUCGAACAAAAUUUCUGGACAUGCAUUACUCUCCAUUUUUAUAAGAUUUUAUAAGAUGAAUGACGAAUAUAUAAUUAUAUAUAAAAGUUAUAUCGAAUGUUUUCUGAUAUGACAAAUAUGUCAACAAAUAUUGCAGCAUGUAUGAAAAAUAUGAAAAAAAUAAACUCAAAUGAUAUUAAA